CCCCCUCAUUACUUUGUCUUUAUUCUAUUAUUAUUAUGUAUUUAUCAACUAUUGUUAUUUUUCAUUUCAUUCUAUUUCUAUAAUUUCUCACUAAGGAGCUCCUCUCCCUCUACAUGCACACUCUUGCUUAGUUUUGGAAAGAUUCCUUAAGGAAAAUAUCAACAAACACCUUUGAAAAUGGAGAUUACCAAUGUGACUGAGUAUGAAGCUGUUGCAAAGCAGAAAUUACCAAAGAUGGUUUUUGAUUACUAUGCAUCUGGUGCAGAGGACCAGUGGACUUUGCAAGAAAACAGAAAUGCCUUUUCAAGAAUUUUGUUUAGGCCGCGGAUUCUUAUCGACGUGAGCAAGAUAGACAUGGCAACAACUGUCUUAGGAUUCAAAAUAUCCAUGCCAAUCAUGAUUGCUCCAACUGCCAUGCAGAAAAUGGCACAUCCUGAGGGAGAAUAUGCAACAGCAAGAGCUGCAUCAGCUGCUGGAACCAUCAUGACAUUGUCAUCAUGGGCUACUUCAAGUGUUGAAGAAGUGGCUUCAACAGGACCUGGAAUUCGCUUUUUCCAGCUAUAUGUGUAUAAGGACAGGAAUGUGGUUGCUCAGCUUGUGAGAAGAGCUGAAAAGGCUGGAUUCAAAGCUAUUGCUCUCACUGUUGAUACUCCAAGACUUGGACGUAGAGAAGCUGAUAUCAAGAACAGAUUUGUUCUGCCACCAUUUUUGAACUUGAAGAACUUUGAAGGUCUUGACCUUGGAAAAAUGGACCAAGCUAAUGACUCUGGACUUGCUUCAUAUGUUGCUGGUCAAAUUGAUCGCACUCUAAGCUGGAAGGAUGUGAAGUGGCUUCAGACAAUCACCAGCCUGCCAAUUCUUGUCAAGGGUGUCCUGACUGCUGAGGAUGCAAGGCUAGCAGUACAAAAUGGUGCAGCUGGAAUAAUAGUGUCAAAUCAUGGAGCAAGACAACUUGAUUAUGUGCCAGCAACCAUAAGUGCCUUAGAAGAGGUUGUGAAAGCUGCUCAAGGUCGUGUUCCUGUAUUUUUGGAUGGAGGUGUACGCCGUGGAACUGAUGUGUUCAAGGCAUUAGCACUUGGUGCCUCUGGCAUUUUUAUUGGACGUCCAGUGGUGUUUUCCUUAGCAGCUGAAGGAGAAGCAGGAGUAAGAAAAGUACUUCAAAUGCUACGUGAAGAGUUUGAGCUAACAAUGGCUUUAAGUGGAUGCCGUUCACUCAAAGAAAUUACUCGUGACCACAUUGUGGCUGAUUGGGACACUCCUCGCACUCACCCUCGUGCUUUACCAAGAUUAUGAAAUUAAUAAAUUAACUUGCUCUUCUUCAUUUGAGCUAAGUUCAAGUUAAUUCAUUAUUAUUGUACAAUGGGGAAAUUCUUCCAGACUUGUGCUUAUCUUUUCUUCGGAACUUAUUUAUAUAUUUGGAUACAUGCUUUCUAUGUAUUGAUUAUAUCAUAUACUUCUGUGGCUUUACUCUGCUGCAUUCACUCAUUGUAUACUUUUUUUUUUCUUCUUUCAAAAUAUAAAACUACUGUUCAAUAAA